AUGGUUGACGAUAUUGCAACAGGAAAUUUGGAUGCAACAACAUCAAGAAAGAGAAAGCCUGUGCCAAUGAAAAGUGGUGGAAGCAGCAAUAGUAGUAGUAUGAUGGUUGAUAAUGAUGGUAACAAUUGUGGUACAGAAUCAAUGGUAGCACAAAAAGGUCGAAAAUUAAAGCAAUAUGUUUUGGAAGAGAAACUUGAUAUUAUCGACUAUGCUAAAAUAAUUGGAAAUCGAGCAGCCGGACGAGAAUUUAAUGUUGCAGAAAGUUCAAUACGUGAAUGGAGGAAGAAUGAGCAAAGGCUUAGGUCAAUGUUUGAAACUGCACCAGAAAGAUCACGGUUGGAUGAUGGCAGACGACGACCAGUUUCCGAAGAUCUUGAAAAGGGUUUGCUUCAAUAUGUGACAUCAAGGAGUGAUAGUGAGACAGCUCUAACUUGGCAUGAUAUUAAGGAAAAAGCGAAUAUCUUAUGGAAAGAUAUUUGUGAUCGAAAUCCGAAAUAUAGUGAUCGUGGAUUCACCGCUAAUAUGGGUUGGGUGGCACGUUUUGUACGACGUAAUAAUAUUACCCUUCAAGUGACUAAUUCCGCUUCUACAAUUGCACCAAAAUUAGUUAAUAACAGCGAUAAUUGUAGUAGUAAUAUUAUUGAUAAUUUGGUAAAUCAAACCGAUGAUAAUUCGAUCUGCUGUAGUACUUCUUCUGUGAUCAUGGAAAAUUCAUCUUUCAUGUUAUCACCGUCAACAACAUCUCUAAUUUCUGAUCUCACUGUUCCGAAUACUAAUACAUAUUGUUGCAAUGAUAUUACAAAAAUGAGUUCAACAGCAACAACAACAGCAGCAGCAACAACAGCAAUAAAAACAGCGGCAACGUCAACAAUAGCUACUAUUGCUACUAGUAAUGGUGCUAUAUCGGCGAAAAAACGUCGCAAAAAUUUUACACCGAAAAAAAUUGUUCCAAAUGAUGUCAUCUGUUUAGCAGCUAAUAACAAAACCAAUGACAAUACUAUUAUAACUAGUACAACAACAACAACAAUCAAUGACAACAAUCACAAAGGAGUAAUUUAA